AUGCAACCACGUCAACAACAACAACAACAAUUUGCAUCUUCUUUUGCACCUAGAACUCCCACUAAACCCAGAUCAUCAAUUCUUACCCCCAUUUCACCAAAUAAACUUCUGUCGUUAUCACCUACUAAAGAAAGAAAAAUCAGUGAAUCAACUGGAUUAGUCAAGUUUUCAUUAUCGCCAAAGAAAUCAACUACCACUACUGCUCCUAAAACCACUCGUAAAUCUACCAUAUUAGCAACACCUACAAAACCGGGAUUAUCAAUUGAAGUGCCAAUCUCAUCACCACCACCAAAACAACAAAACCCACCUAAAUCGCUCAAAGAUUUACAAAUUGAACAACAAAAUUUACUAGAAAAAUAUUCUACUUAUCAGGCUCAAUUACAUGAACAUGAAAGACAAGCAGAAUUGAAAAAAUUGGAAUUAUUGGAAAUAUCGAAAAAAAUAGAAGAAAGUAAACGUCAAGAAGCUAUACUUAAUGGAUCACAAGAUAUUUACAAACAAGCAUAUUUACAAACGGAAAAAGAAUUAAAUCAAUUGAAUAUUCGAUUGUCACCACCUAGACAAACUAUAAAACAAAUUCCACUAAAAAAGCAAGCAUCAUUUUUGAUGAAUCAAGCUAUUGAUGAAUGUACAAAUGUGAAAAAGAAGGCAUCAAUAAUAUUCAAUAACCAUUCUACUGCUAGUAGUAAUAAUCGUGAAAUGGUUUCUCCAUUGAAAAAACAAGCUUCAUUUAUAGUUAAUCAAGCAUUAGAUGAAUGUAAUAAUGUUAAACAAAAGGCAUCAAUGAUAUUUAAUAAUCAAAAUGAAGAAUUACAAACAUUUAUUAAAUCAUCAAAUGAUAAAUUCGAUGUAUUGGCAAAACAAACUAAUAAAUUUUUUAAUAAUAAUUUUAAAAUUUUUGAAAAAAAUGAUCCUCAACCAAAUAAUAUUGCUGAUAGUUCAUUUAAUAUUGAAAAUCUUGAAGGAGUGAUAUAUGAAAGAUCUUUUGAAAUAGAUAUUGAUGAUUAUGAUUCAUCUUUUGAUUGA